AUGUCCUCUGACAAUCGAAAACGUAAAGCUAGCGCGCAAAACGGUCACACGGAUAGGAAAAGGCCGAAGCUUGACUCUCCUAAGCCAUUGGUUCUCGACGAGUUCGAAACAGAGGCCCAACGAGAGGUCGACGCAAGUGCUGGUCUAACGGGGGCAGAGAUCGUUGCUGGAUCCAAAAUCUCACUCAUCGCAGUCCCUCCAGGUUACAAUUACGUCCCGAUUUCGACGCAUGAACCAGAUAGUAACCCGGCACGGACGUAUCCAUUCAAACUCGACCCAUUCCAAGAGGUCUCUAUUCACGCCAUUCAACGCAAUGAGUCUGUACUAGUUUCGGCCCAUACUAGUGCUGGAAAAACUGUCGUUGCCGAGUAUGCAGUCGCUCAGUGUCUUCGCAGCAAGCAGAGAGUGAUUUAUACGAGCCCUAUCAAGGCCUUGAGCAAUCAAAAAUAUCGAGAACUACUCAAGGAUUUUGGUGAUGUCGGACUGAUGACGGGCGAUGUCACUUUAAACCCAAAUGCGUCGUGUCUUGUUAUGACAACCGAAAUUCUUCGCUCUAUGUUAUACCGUGGAUCCGAGGUCGUUCGUGAGGUGGCUUGGGUCAUCUUUGAUGAAAUCCAUUAUAUGCGCGAUAAAGAAAGAGGUGUCGUAUGGGAAGAGACGCUUAUUCUUCUACCGAAGACGGUUCAUUUUGUAUUUCUCUCAGCAACCAUCCCCAACGCCAAACAGUUUGCUGAAUGGAUCUCCAAGGUUCAUGAGCAGCCUUGUCAUGUCGUUUACACGGACUUUCGGCCAACCCCUUUACAACACUACCUUUUCCCUGUCGGAGGUGAAGGAAUAUACUUGGUCGUCAACGAACGGAGCGAGUUUCGCGAGGACAAUUUUCAGAAGGCCAUGGGCUUACUAUCGGAUCUUUCUGGGGAAGACCCUUCCAGUAUAACAUCUGGGGCGGGCAGACAGGGCAAAUCAAGAAAAGGGGGGCAGAAAGGCGUGGCGGACAUUUACAAGAUUGUCAAGAUGAUCAUGACCAAGGGGUACAAUCCCGUUAUCGUCUUUUCGUUCAGCAAGCGAGAUUGCGAGUCGAAUGCACUUAUGAUGGCCAAGCUCGAACUCAACUCGGUAGAAGAGCAAGAUAUGGUGUCAAAGGUCUUUACGAAUGCCGUUAGCGGACUUUCAGAGGACGAUCGCAAUCUCCCCCAAGUCGAACACUUACUUCCUCUGCUGCGGCGCGGUAUUGGUAUCCAUCACGGCGGGCUUCUUCCAAUCCUGAAGGAACUGAUCGAAAUCCUCUUCCAGGAAGGGCUCAUCAAGGUUUUAUUUGCAACGGAAACCUUCUCGAUAGGUCUCAAUAUGCCUGCCAAAACGGUUGUGUUCACAUCAGUUCGCAAAUUUGACGGUCACGACUUCCGGACCAUAUCAUCUGGUGAGUAUAUCCAGAUGUCAGGGCGGGCCGGAAGACGUGGACUGGACGACCGCGGGGUUGUUAUCAUGAUGGUCGAUAAAAAGCUUGAUCCAGAAGCAGCCAAAACAAUGGUGAAAGGCGAGGCUGAUCGCCUCGAUUCGGCCUUUCACCUAAGUUACAACAUGAUCCUCAAUCUGAUGAGAGUUGAAGGAGUGAGCCCAGAAUACAUGCUCGAACACUGCUUCUUUCAGUUCCAAAACAGCGCGUCAGUUCCCCAGCUCGAACAAGAACUGGCUCUGGCGCAGGAGCGGUACGAGAAUAUACAUGUACCUGACGAGGAGUCCGUUGGAGAAUACUAUGAACUGCGAAAGCAUAUGGAGAACCUAGAAAAGGACUUUCAUGCGGUCAUCACACAUCCAAGCCAUAUUCUACCAUUCCUUCAACCUGGACGGCUCGUCCAAAUCAAGCAUGGCUUCCUGGACUUUGGAUGGGGAGUAGUUGUCAACUUCUCGAAAAAGGCACCGCCGAAGGGACGCAUUUUGUCAUCUAACGAUGAUGAUUCGAACGCGCAAUCGCAGUACAUCGUUGAUGUACUGCUUUCGUGCGCCCGAUCAUCAGGUGCGGAUGCCCGGCAACUCGAUGACUUACUUCCUGCACCAAAAGAUGCGUCAGGCUCCGCGUCGGUUAUUCAAGUCGUGCCUGUGCUCCUGUCCACGGUGUAUUCUAUCAGUCAUUUAAGGAUCCACCUGCCUAAAGACCUCCGGCCGGAACCUAGCCGCGAAACUGCCUGGAAGGCAGUCAGAGAGAUACAAAGAAGAUGGCCUUCAUCCAUACCCCUUUUGGAUCCUGUAGAAAAUAUGGACAUCAAGGAUCGAGGCUUUUUAGAGCUCAUAGAGAAAAUGAAAAUCCUCGAUGAACGCAUCUCCCAGCAUCCACUGGCUCUCGAUCCAAAUCUACCUCUGCGGUACGAUGCUUUUGCCCAGAAGGAAGAGGCGCAAGCCAAAAUACGUGCCCUACGGAAACGGAUCCAAGUGGCACACGAUAUCAUGCAAUUAGAGGAGCUGAAGUGUCGGAAGCGCGUGUUACGGCGCCUCGGGUUCUCGGAUCCAUCAGACGUCGUCGAGAUGAAAGGGCGCGUCGCGUGUGAAAUCUCUACUGGUGAUGAGUUGCUUCUUACAGAGAUGAUCUUCGAAGGUAUCUUCAACACCCUAUCGCCAGAACAAUGCGCAGCGCUUCUAAGUUGCUUUGUCUUUGGUGAAAAGAGCUCACAGCAAGUGAAGCUCAAGGAGGAGCUUGCGAGCCCGCUACGUUCAAUGCAGGAGAUCGCGCGCAAGAUUGCAAAGGUCUCCAAGGAGUCGAAGCUAGACAUUGUCGAGGCGGACUACGUCGCGCAGUUCAAAGUAGAACUGAUGGACGCGGUCAUGCAAUGGUGUCGGGGAGCCAAAUUCUCAGAGAUUUGCAAGCUGACAGACCAGUUCGAAGGAACAAUCAUUCGCGCCUUCCGACGACUUCAGGAACUUAUUCGGCAGAUGACAGCCGCUGCUAAAGCUAUCGGUAACUCGGACUUGGAAAAGAAGUUUAUAGAUUCCCUGGCCUUGCUGGAACGUCAAAACUCGGUAAUCUUUUGCUCGUCCCUAUACUUAUAG